GAGAAAUAGGGGAUGGAUAUUCUUUCGUCAAUGUAUUUUUGGAAAUAAUAGUCGCUAAACUUGCCUGUGCUCCGUGUGUUGUCUGACCUUCAGAGAUGUCAGGCUACUCGCAGCCCGGCGUCAAGAGGCAGAAGGUCCGGGAAAUUAAGGACGUGGACUUUUUUCAAGGAAUAGACAAGAUAGAGUACAACAACAUGGCUGCCGCCACAGACACGAGCGUGUAUCGCUACUACAGCGCCGGCGAACGCGUGCACGCGCGAGCGAUGGAAGAGUGGCUCAAGUGCAGUGUCUCGCUCACAGAUUUCAGGAUGAACGGUAACGACAAGACCCGCACUUGGGACGACCAAACCAACACCCUUGAAAACCGCAAGCGCUGCGUCAAAGCCCUCUUUGAACUCCUAUCCAAGCUUGGACUGAAGUACUGGACUGCAAUUGACUCGGAUCUAGUCGAGUGGGAGGACAGAGCGCAGUGGGAUGAAAUGGUGGAGUUUGUGAAUGAGAUGGCUGCGAGGUACCACGUGAGGCUUCUGUGGUUGGCUCCUGACUUGCACACCAAUGCAAGAUACACAUCAGGGGCAUUAACCAGCCCAGACGCUUCCACCUUCAUCCAUGCCGCGGCGCAAAUAAAGCGCUGCCUUGAGAUGUCGCAACGACUCAAUGCCGAAAACUUCCUCCUCUGGCCUGCCAGGGAAGGUUACGAUGCCAUCUUCCAAAGCGAUGUUACCAGGGAAAUCAAGCUGUUCGCGAAACUGCUGAAGAUGACUGCCGAGUAUAAGGACAGGCUCAACUACAGAUGUCAGCUGCUGAUCAUGCCGUACUGUAGUGAAGCUAUGACAAACAAACGAAAUAGAGUGCAAAUGCGAGACGAGAGAGUGCACAACUACAUGUGGGACGUAACAAGUUGUCUGUACUUCUUGAAGAGUUACAACCUGGAGAGGUAUUAUAAGGUGUGCUCGCCGCCUGGACAUCAUAUGUAUAUGGCUAAUGUGUACAACAUGUUGGGGGGAGUAACACUAACGAACGAUUUUGAUCCGUACAACAGCAAAAAACUAACUUUGAUGAUGAAAUCCAUUGUAGACCAGGGCACAGCGCCCCCAGGCGGCGUCAACCUGAAACUCUACCGCCGCGCAACAGACAUAAGAGGCAUCGUGACACUCUACAUGAGAUACGUAGACGCUCUAGCGAGAGCGCUAAGACUUGCUGCCAACAUCGUUGGAGAGCAAGUUUUCUCUAAACAUGUCCAGCAACGUUACGUGAGUUACCACAGCGGGUUGGGUUCCCGUCUCGCCAGCGGUGACGUGUCUAUGGAAGAGUGCGAGGAGCACAAUAAAAAAACUCAAAAUCAGCACGAGCCGACGUCAAAAUGCGAGCACUUCGAAGUGGUAUUCCAGCGAUACCUCGAUACUUGCGACCACAUCUGAUUACAAAUAGUGUCGUCUCUUUCACUCCAAUACAUCAACCUUCAAGAGCGAUAGGGAUGGAGAUAGAUGUUUUAGUGGUGUUUUAGUAGUUUGGAUUGCGUUUGGUAGAGGUGAAGGGUAGUUGUGUGAAAGGUAUUGAAAGAAUAUGUAAUGGAUUUGAUAAAAUAAAAUGUCAGAAAUAUAGAAUAGCACUCAAUAUUUGGGAUAAAAUAUAUCUGGAAUGUUUCAAGUGCCAUAAUUGAAGAAUACUGUAAGUUGACAGUAUUGUACUAAUACCUACAAAUAAAACUAUACCAUCGAAAUACUUAAGAAUUGAAUCAACCACUAUAAGAUGAAUAUUAUGUUAUGAAAA